GUGAAAGCAAGAAGCGGAGGACAAGGCAAUGGAUUGCUCAAAUGGCAAGGCAGACCUGUGGAUUGUGGGCGGUGAGCCCUCUCCUCCUCUUUGAAGGAGGUGGUUUAUGUGAGGAGCAUUGAGUGAGCUUUCAGAAAAUAAGGUCGAGGAGGACGAGAGAGAUGGAGUCCGGGAGGCUUGGAGAGUCUUCGGUAAUGACAAACGAUGACGUCGAGCUACGGCUGAGGAAUCUUAUCCUUCACACUGACGUGGCUGAUAGGACUCAGCGAUUGCAAAGGAGUGCUCUUUCAAGAGUGCCACGAGCAAGCUGCUCUACGCCACGUCAUUUGAAGCCGAACAGUGGAACAAGCAUGAGCACCGCUAGGCACUGUGAUGGUUGUCCUCUUGAGAACCUUCCAGAUGUGCUAAUUGUGAGCAUACUGGAGAAGAUAAGUGAGAAAAACUGUGCAAAAGCGAUUGCGAAAUGCGCACUGGUCUGCAAGCGGUUUGCACAGCUCGUGUGGCAGGUCCCAGCGCUGACAUUUACAGGGAAGAUUCGGCACCCGUGCUACAGCUCACAAGCACAAGAGGACAAGCUGUUUGUAGAAGUCGUUACGCGGACAGUCCUAAAGACAAAGUGCUUGAGGAGCCUUAAAGUCACUCAAUCGCCCGGAAUCUUCGCCUCGGAGGUUCUCGAUCGGAUCUUAUCUCACGUGGGUCCAUGGCUAGAGGAAUUGAGCCUUGAAGUGGAUACGAGCGCGGGCGAAAUUGCCAUCUUCUCCUUGGAGGUCCUCUUGCGGAGAUGUCAGUCUCUUCGGAAACUGUACUUAUCGAUUCAAGAUUUAUACAUUCAGGGCAUCUCCAUCAGCGAGGACGUGACUCGACUUGCGCUUGUGAGCAAUCACAUACAUGAGGACAAGUGGCAGGAGUACGCAAGUUCCGAAUCUUUGAUCAGUUUGCGAGGGUCUGCGAUGUGUAAAAGUCUGCGGCAUCUGGAGGUCUGGGGAAUGCUGUCCGGCUUCAGUGGCUUGGGAGGUUCGCAGCUGGUUGCGGAGCCUCUCACUUGUUUUGACCUCUUGUUCUCGCUGUUUCCGGAUCUGGAGACACUUGUAAUCGGGCUUCAGGAUGGCACGGUCGAGAAUGCGUCCAUGGAAGUCACAUCCUUACCGAAACUCCAAGAAUUGACCGUGUCUGCGGCAACUGUGACGCCGCAAGGAGCGUCCUUUUCCUUCAUUGACGCGUUGAUUGUUGAUGCUCCGUGGUUGUCGAAAGUCGAUGUCAAUGGCGUGUGUUCUCUCGCCAUCAAGGGCAAGCCCAACGUAGAGGAGCUAAAAGUCGCAGCGAUUUCUCAUUGCAACAGCAGGCUCCCCAGCCCCAACUUCGACGGUGGUCCUGAUAUUGAGCUCGGAGAAGAGGUGAAGAUCCACUCCCUUGUCCUAUUUCGGACGACCGGCAAUUGGUUAUCGCAGCACGAUCUUCCUUAUGGAUGGACAUGGUGUCGGCUGAAGUCGCUACUGAACGAAAAGUUGCCUGCCGGGCUCGAGAGUCUUGUGCUGAAGGAUCUCCCAAUAUGCGCUAAUACCCCAGCGCGACUGUCCGUCCCUUGCAACAGAGUCAUUGACACGCUGCUCGCCGAUACGAACUUUGCGGGAGCGAGUUUUGCGGAGUCGACGCUCAAUUUUGCGUCUUUGUCAGCGAGCGAUCUUGCCGCAUGUAGCUGUUUCCAGCACUUGAACCAUUUGGAGAUUCACGGGUUCUCGCUGAUCAGCUUUGUGAUGAGACCGGAUCUUAUGUCGGAAGGAGGGACACGAGGCUCUGACAGCGGUGUCAGGUCAGAUGGCCGUGCGGGUCUGCUGCAUGCGCCAAAGCUGCGAACGGUGGUUUUGCAAAUAGAAGGCGAGGCAAUGCGAUGGGUUACGCCGCGCAUUUGGCCAUUGCUCAACUCGUUUUUGGCUGGCUGCCCAAAGCUGGAAGAGCUCACGGUGAGAGUGGACCGCUUCAGGCCGUUCAGGGGGGUUGAUGAAACCUACAGUGCUCUGGACAAAGGCGUACGGGAGUUGGCAAAGAAGUGUGGUGAGAAUGUUCUGAAGCUCUCUGUUGAUUACAUGAUGAAGAAUGGACAAAUAUACUACGAUGAUGAAGACGAGGACAGAUGGCACGACGAAGACUUCUACGAAAGUGUGGAUUAUGAUGGGAUAAUGCCGGAAAGUGGUGGGACAACAGAUGUCGACGACUACGAAGGUGCAGACGAAUAUCAAGUAGCAGAUGAAGGUGAAGGAAGUCAGGUGAUCGAGGAUGGAAACGAAGACAAUGAUGACGACGACGACGACGAUGGUGACGAAGGCAACCUUACGCCUGGUCACAGUGCUGGCAUGAUUGACAUAGAUGGUGCUAGCGCAGAUGACCACACUGGGAUUCUAGAGUUGGAUCUAACGGAACAAUUCAGUGAUUACACGGCAACAGGGUGGAGCAGACCCUUGUUUGAUGGGCAUCGAUGUGUGAGCUCGAGGAGUCUGGCGACCACAUUCAUUGAUUCCCAAGAUGACAUGUACGAAAAUUACAGCAUCGGAGAUUCAGAAGUUCUUCUUGGGUAUCGGGGAUCAUCUGAUGCGCUGUCCUGUUUGGAACGGGGUAGCAGACAUGGACUGCUUGCCUUCCGGGAAGAAGAUGUUCAGAGCAAUCGGUACGUUCCCACAGAGGACGAGAGGGAUCUUGUAGAGGAUAGCGGCUACGAGGUCGCCGAGGACUCUGAUGCUGUGGACGACCUCGUCGUCCCGCAAAGGAGCAUUGAUGCGGCGAUUUCAGGUCGUGACGGGGGAAGUCUUAGAAGGAAUUGCGACGGGGAGCUAGAGAGAGGCCAGGUAUGUGAAGGAAGUAACACGCGGAGAAAGCGGGAAGGGCGUCAGGGUUUGAUUGCAGAGGAAGAUGAGGGGUAUAGCGAAGACGAUUCCUCGGGGUUCGAGGAGGAGAUCCACAGAGAUCGGACAGUGGAUGGAGGACAGCCAGGCACAGCCGCUGUGGAGUUUGGACCUUACAAUGUAGAUGCCAUAUUUCAAGAUGAAAAUCAGGCGGCCUUUGACUGCCUAGAAGACAGUCUUGAAGACGAGGACUACGGGCAUGGGCCGUACGACGAUGACGAUGUCGACGAUGAUUUCUACAGCCCGGAUAUGAGUUUUUCUCGGGAUAGUGAGUUUUUCUCAGGAUAUGACGAAUCCGCCGAAUCUGAUUGAUGUGGACGACGCGAUGCCUCUGCCGAUGUGCAGCCUCCAUAUUCUUUUUUUUUCCCUUUUUUUUUUCCUUUUUUUUCCCAGUCUCCGUACCCGGCGGUUUCGAGGCAUUUGCAGUGCAACUUCUUGCAUCCUUUCUUUCUUUUUCCUGGAGCGCAUCCAUUCACGGUGAAGGCCGGAAUGAAGAAUGCGUCCAUCCCGUGAUCGCCAGAAGCUCCCAUGGUGUUCUCCAUCGGAUCGUCACCAUUCCCUUACAUGCGAUUGCACAAAAGAUGUCCUCUGCAGUGCUUUUUUUUUUUUUUACCGGCUUUCUGGUAUUUGUUUUUCUCCAAUGCAAGUUAAAUGUACAUACCUCCUACAUUAAUCUUUUUUCUCUUUAUCGAAGCAUAUUAUACUGUAGUUUAGUUAGUGAGUGCAUCUCCCUCCUCAUUCGCCACAAGAUAGUACACGCAUCUGCAGAAGCGACGGAAUGCGGGUAGAAGUAACCGUAGAACAGUAUAAAAGAGAUGUGAGGAAAGGAGGUCAGCAAUUAUAAUAUUUUUUACUAUUUUAUAAAUUUUAUCCGUCGAAAAUAAUCGUGCGAUAGGUGAUCUGUACAAUAGAUAAUGCGCUACGGACUAAAGAUAUAUACAGAGGGUUCAGCCUCCUGACGAGUCGGUGAAACUCCGGCGAAACAGUUUGUCACAGCCCCUCGUUUGUUGUCCUCUUCUCCCUCUCUGCCUUCGUUUUUUUUUAUGAUAUAUACGGGAUGGGUGAUCGUCACUGUACGAGGAAAAGUGCCAACUCGUUGGGAGAUGGAGAAAGGAGUGAGAUAGAGAGGGAGGAAGAGGUGUAUGUGAGCAAAAGAAUUGUGGUGGAACAAGAAGGACAGCUGCUGAGUGAAGCAGCUAACGUAGUCAGCGUUGGUGGAGCAGCUGAUAGGUUGCUUUUUUUUUUUUUUUUUUUUUUUUUUUGCCAACUUUUCGUGAUAGAAACCUGUCAGAGUCAGGAAGCUUGACUAUGGAAGACGUCUUUCUCGGCGCAAAUUCUCGGCGAAUCGGAGUAUACAGAGGGCUUCUUUCAGAUUUGGGUAUCAUGGUGGUCGCACACGUUUGGUGCUCGCAAACGAUUGGUGGUAGCGCACACGUUUGCGGUGAAGGUGAUGUCAACAAAAAGAAAACUUGAGAAGUUGCGAAAAGGUGUUUAACGACACACACAGGUGGUGGAUGGGUGACAGAAGGGCGGACUAGUACACGGAGUGCGGCCGGGAGCUGGAAUCAUGGCAUCAGGAGGUACUGUGCAGUAGAGGGCUUUUGAUUUGCUCCGUUGGUAAUUCAGGGUUAACCAUUGGCAGAGAUUAACAGGAUGACGACGCACGGGAAUAUGUUGGCACAUCAUCUUCAGCAGGGUCAAUUUUAUGCGGGGNGAGAGAGAGAGAGAGAGAGAGAGAGAGAGAGAGAGAGAGAGAGAGAGAGAGAGAGAGAGGCAGUGGAUGUUCCUGGGGUCUGGAGGAACCACUGUGGGACCAAGUGACAAAAGCUCUUCUAGAUGGGAUCAACGCUGUGCUGGGGUUGCUAUUCCCAAGUGCUCAAUUCAGUCAUUUUUUUAUGGAGCUUUUAUGCAAUUCAUCUCAAGGGUGAUUUCAGAGAGAGAGAGAGAGAGAGAGAGUCGCCGUGUGGCUUUCACAGGAGUACAGAGCGCCACAGAGAGAGAGAGAGAGAGAGAGAGAGAGAGGCUGACUUGUGCGAGGAGAGUGCAACGUCAAUGAUAAAGACAUGUUGGAGGGAGAAUGUUGUAGCUACCAUCUCCCCCCGGAUAAAACGUACGCCCAGUAUCUUAUAUCUGACUGAAUACUUCCGGAAAUCAAUAAUUUUGGCUGGUUCUAUUCACGGGAAGAUGGUGGGCGAUUCUCCCUUCAGGUGCACUUUCUAAGCUUUCUUCACAGUAUUCUCAUUGUGAAUGAAGACAAUGAACAGGA